AAACGCGUGUAAUGAAAGGCCGUAAGAGCAAUGUCGUACCGCCCAUUUUAAAUGUUGCUCCAGAUGUGUGAGUGGGCUGGAUGUCGAAGAAGAUUGGCCAACGGAAAAAGGCUGAGAAGCAAAAGCUUCGCCAGAUGGAGAUCCGGAACCGGGAUUCCCAGCUGCUGGAGCAGCCAAGCUGCGAUUGCCAGAGCGUGCAGCGUUUGCCGAUUUGUAGCAGGCAAAAGUGUAUGCUCAAGACCGGGACAGCAUCAUCAAGCACGCCAGAGUGUUCCCCACCGGAAUGCAGAUGGAUGAGGCGAAAGUGUCUGCAGUCGCUCGCAUGUACCUGUCCGUUGAUGGACGCUGUUUGCGUCGAAUGUGAGCGUGGUGAUCUUGGGAUCACGGAGGGUGGAUGUACAAGGAUUGAUUCUGCGAUAAUUUUCUGUGUGACGACCGCUUCCGUGUCCAAAAGUAAAUACGCCACCAUUCAGACCAAGGAUCUGAGCAUGUCGGUCCGCAGUCACAAAAACGGCCGCAAACGCCUGGUGCAGAAUACACGGCGUACCGCAAAGCGUCCGAUUACAAGUUGGCCGACACGGAUUUGGACUCGGAGGAAGAGAAUUCGGAUGAUGGCGACGAGGAGAAAGAAUCCAGCAAGGAGGAAGCGGGCGACGUCAAGGUCGGCAAAAGCACCGGCUAGAAGGAGGGACGUGUUCUGCUCAAAAGUAACAGGUCACAAAUUAGGUGGAUUUCGUGUUGGUUUGUUUUUGUAUCAAAUGUCUCCAGGAGGAACGAACGCGAUCGCGAGGAUUAUUUGAAUAAAGAUAAAUAAAUAUAUGUUUGAAUAUAAUCAUAAAUAGUUUAAUGUGGAUCUGUAAAUUAUAGUAAUAUAGCAAAUGAGAAGAAAAACUGCACAAUUUUGCGAGCUUGCUAAGCGAUUCGAUCACAGCAACCUGUAACUGGUUCACUCACAUGUGAACCGAAUCAACGCUGCUGGCAAUCUUGGGGCACGACUGGACUCUGUCCGAUUUCAUCGUCGAGUGGUCAGAUAGUUCGGCACAUUUAAGUGGCUCUUAUUAAUUUCUCGCCCAUCCUUAAAAAAUGCUUCUUCCGGAUGAGGUCACCAAAAGGGCACCUUUUACAUCAGAAUUGCCGAUUUUUUCUUUCUUUCUCGAAAUUCCUCUUCGUCGAAUUAAAGCACCUCUCAAACUUAUACUGGUCUUUCUAAAACUAGCUAGCAACUGUCGACCAGAAAGAUGCUGUUACGUGUUUUGUUGCCAUGUAUGAAUAUGUCCAGAUAACGAAUUGUGGGCGAGAUCGUGAACCGCUUGCAGCAACACGAUGAUUUUUUCCACUGGCCAUGUGCCAUGAUUAGGACCUACAGAAGGAACUAAAGAGUCUUGGCCAGGAUUCGGCAUUCAAGUUUUUUCCUCCUCUCGACUCCUAGAUUUUCUAAACAAAACAAAGACAAAAAAACGCGAAACGUCAGAA